AUGAGUUACAGCGACUACAGCGAUGGUGCAGACGAUAUUCCUGACUUCCACGAUGAAGGUGAGUUCGAUGAUUAUUUGAAUGACGAGGACUACGAUUUGAUGAAUGAGGUGUUUCCCCCUUUGAAGGAGGAGUUGCGAGACUACCAUGGCUGCGAUAAUCUCACUCUGAAACUAGCCUUACUGGACAAUGAUUUCGAUCUCGAAAGCACGGUAGUGGAGCUGAAGAAAACCUUGAAGAAGAAAAAGGCACCUAAGAAGCCAACGAAUACUGCUAACGGUACUGCCAACGUAGCCCAAAAACUGGCUGACGUAUCGAUCUCGAAACCAAAGUCCAACGGGCUUCCAGAUUGGCUCGAYGAAGAAGAAGAAGAGGAUGAACGCAAGGAUUCUGAUGCAGGCGAUGACGGGAGGCUCGUGCAGAGAUACUACAAGACCACGGUACCCACAAAACCCAAAAAGCCUCAAGAUAUCUCUGCGUUCGUUCAAUCACAAUUACCCCAUUUAAGUUUUGUGGUUCUUGGCCAUGUUGAUGCGGGAAAGUCCACGCUAAUGGGUAGACUUCUUUAUGAUUUGAAGAUUGUUAAUCAAGCACAACUAAGAAAAUUACAGAAAGAGAGCGAAACCUUGGGUAAGUCAUCGUUUAAGUUUGCGUGGAUCAUGGAUCAAACGAAUGAAGAACGGGAACGUGGUGUAACAGUCUCCAUUUGCACGUCCCAUUUCUCCACCGAAAGGGCAAACUUUACCAUCGUGGAUGCACCCGGUCACAGAGACUUUGUUCCGAACGCCAUCAUGGGGAUAUCUCAAGCAGAUAUGGCCAUUCUGUGUGUAGACUGUAGCACCAACGCUUUCGAAUCAGGGUUUAAUCUAGAUGGGCAAACAAAGGAGCAUAUGCUGUUGGCAUUUAGUCUGGGAAUCCAGAAUUUGAUCAUUGCUAUGAACAAGAUGGAUAAUGUGAAUUGGUCUCAACAAAGGUUUGAAGAAAUUAAAUCGAAGCUGUUGCCAUAUCUAGCGGAUAUCGGGUUUUGUGAGGAUAACAUCAGUUGGGUACCUAUCAGCGGAUUUUCUGGUGAAGGUGUUCAUAAAAUAGAUUACCCAAACGAAGUAAAACAAUGGUACAAUGGUCCUACUUUAAUGGCCACUUUGGAAAAUACCGCGUCUGAAAUCUCAAAGGAGAGUAAAAAAACUACUGAAGAGGAUCCAUUUUUAUUUUCUAUAUUGGAGAUCAUUCCACUAAAGAAAACAAAUAACGAAUUAGCUUUAGUUUCAGGUAAAUUGGAAUCAGGCUCAAUUCAGCCUGGUGAAUCUUUGACGAUAUAUCCGUCGGAGCAAAGUUGCAUCGUGGAUAAGAUUCAAGUAGGUUCUCAACAGGGACAAUCAACAAACCACGAAGAGACAGACGUUGCUAUCAAAGGUGAUUUUGUCACUUUGAGAUUACGCAAAGCUUACCCAGAAGACAUUCAAGACGGCGACUUGGCUGCAUCAGUCGAUUAUUUAUCUGUCCAUUCGGCACAAGUUUUCAUCUUGGAGUUAACCACAUUUGAGAUGAAUAGACCCUUGCUACCAGGAACACCAUUUAUUCUUUUCAUUGGCGUCAAGGAGCAACCUGCUAAGAUCAAGAGGUUAAUAUCGUUGAUUGACGAGGAUAACAACGUUACUAAGAAGAAAGUUAGACAUUUGGGUUCAAAACAAAGGGCUCUGGUGGAGGUAGAGCUAAUUGAAGUCAAAAGAUGGAUUCCUCUACUAACUGUUAGUGAAAAUGACCGUUUGAGUAGAGUUGUACUUAGAAAAGACGGCAGGACCAUUGCAGCCGGUAAGAUCUCCGAGAUAUCUGAAUAA